CUGCCGUGCGCACUGCUGUGCGGGAAUGAGAUAUAUCUCGUCAAGCCUUACGCUUGUAGAACUGAUGAGCCUUCCUAUCCCUAAGUUCUACUGACCAUCUCAGAGACCAGAGACCAGAGAUCACCGAAAACCCUAGCCAUGUUCUUCAUCGUCCCUGAACGCAAGGGUUCAAACCCGCCUGCUAGCCCAGUAUCGGACGACCCAUCGGCAUCUCCGCCACAGAGAAAGCGCCAGCGACUGUCUCCCGAAGCAGAAGAGAUGUCAGGCUACUAUCCUAAGCGUACGCCGAAGGCCUGCGAUCGUUGUCGUCUAAAGAAAGCACGAUGCCAAUGGAAUGCCGGAAAGAUAUGUGACAAAUGCAAACGAGAUGGAGUCAUUUGCACAACAAACCGGGAAUCGAAAAGAGAACCCAAACCGCCGAAUGCAGCAUACGUCCAGCUUGUCGAGUCCCAGAGAGACUGUCUUUUACGGGCGAUCGGUAAAAUAGUCGAAGGAGGACUGUCAAACGAUCCUGUGGCAAUGGCGAAAAUGUUGCAGGAGUUGGGCAUCAGUGUUCAAGACCUCAAGAGAGCGCCUCGGGAAGGUGUUGUGGAUGACUCUAGUACGAGUUUGGACGACGCCGACAUAUACGAGAAUGCAGCCGAGAUACAGGCACUUCUGGAUGAUUGGACCUCAGAAAACACAGGAAUAGGAAAACACAACCGUUUAUCGACGCUGGUCUCUCGCAACCUCGGAGCAUCUCAGUCUUAUUUCGACUCACCACCUCACAACGAUUUCCAGUCAGACAUGUCCCAGACAUUAUCGAGAACAUCGGCAGAUGCGACAUCCACGCUCGAUACGACGUUCCUGCCAUCACUUGGAGCCGACGAUUGGUUUGUAUUUGACGGCUACACUGAUAAUUGGUCACUACCUUUCGCGGAACCGCACAUAGACGGGGUUAAGAGCUCAGUCGGAGUAUAAUGAAGUCCGCCCCCAGCCAAGUCGAAACGAGCAGGCUUAGUCUGACAGCCCAAAAGAAGACUGCACCUGGUCCAGCAGAAGAUUACGAUACUGAGGGAGCGGCUACCGGGCCAAAUAUAAUGCUGACUGGACUAAAGAGGGACUCUGUAUCACCAGCGCGAACCCAAGGAGACCUGGGUUAUGAAGACCGCCUUCGAUCUUAUGGUAACCGGUUUCCAUGUAACCGUUCAAUGGACUUCAUCGAGAUUGCGGAAUGACUGCCACCAGCUAGGGCGCAGUGAUGCUUACAAAGCCGUGCCCUCGGGUCUGAAGAUAUUCGCACCUGUUGCUGAAAUGUCCAAUGGCUCCCCGUCCUGGCAUAGAUGCCGUGCAAGACAGGCAGAGAUGGGGCGGGAGUUGCAACGCAAGGCUCCGAGCCCCUCUCCUUUGAUGCUUGCGCCAUGCGCACUUGGUGUCUACCAUGAUCGGGAGCGAGUUGGUAAGUGGUCUAUAACCAGGAGAGUUAACCCACUUGUAAUGUACGGAACUUGGCAUUAUCGAUAGUAUCAGUUGUCAUAGAGUAAUGUACUUACCUUGGAGGUGACCACUCCACGUGGUUAGACCAAAGAUUCU